AUUUAUUCGUCUAUCAAAAAUAUAUAUUGAUUUAGCGGUCAUUGAAAACUUGUGAUUACUAUAAGAUGUACAUAACCCUGAUGGCUAUAUAGUGAAACAUUCGUAGACAAUAAAUUAAUUUUUUAUUGUUUUAUUUUAACCAUUGAGAAAUGGAAAAACACAAAUGUGUUUUUGCUGGAAACAUAAUUCAAGAGGUGCCCGCUUCUGCUAUCUAUGUACCGAAUUUUAUUACAAAAGAGGAAGAGGUAGAAAUUGUUAAGCAUAUCAAUAAUGCUCCUUUACCAAAAUGGACACAGUUGAGCCAUCGCCGUUUGCAGAACUGGGGUGGCAUACCACAUCCCAAAGGUAUGAUAGCAGAAAAAAUACCAAUCUGGCUUCAAAAAUAUGUUGACAAAGUGUCAUCUUGUGGUGUAUUUGAAAAUGAUAAGCUACCCAAUCAUGUUCUGAUUAAUGAAUACUUACCUGGCCAGGGAAUAAUGGCACACUCAGAUGGUCCACUUUUCCAUCCUAUUGUAACAACUAUUAGUUGUGGAUCUCAUACACUUCUUGAUUUUUAUAAACGACUGGACACCGCACAGCUGCAACAACCUAAUUUAGAGUUUAGUUUCCUAUUAGAACGUAGAAGUUUGCUAAUUCUUCGGGAAGAUUUGUAUCAUUGUUAUUUGCAUUCGAUCGCGGAAAGAGACGCGGAUAUUGUUUCAAGACAUGUGAUAAAAAAUUUGAACAUAUGCGGAGAACAGUUUACCGAAGGGCAGUCGUUAGAACGGGACGUUAGAUUGUCAUUAACGAUUAGACAUGUUCCUAAAACUAGUAAACUGAAGCUAAAGAUCGGAUAAUGCAUUUUGCGUAUACAUUACUUGCAUACGCGUAUAUAAUUUACUAUCGAUAAUUUUCGUAUUUUUCUAUUAGAUAGUAAUUUAAAGGGCAAUGAAACUUGAUGAAUAAUACGUAAUUCUUGUACAUUCGAUUAUUUAUAAAAUUUACAAAUAUUUAUUUACA